GAAGAGGCUUCAUGUGUGCACAGAGUGAUGGAGAGAGGGCCAGACUCAGUGAUCAGCCUGUGUUUACUAAGCAUGUCACCAGGAAACCUUAAUCUGAGAGCUGCACCUCCUUCUCUAAAGUACAUUUAAAGGGAUACAAUAGGGACACAUUGAGGUUUCUUUCAGAUCACAGAGACUUGGACAGUGACAUCUUGUGGGACAGGGAUCCAGAAGCUGCCAGCAAGGAGACAUAUCCAUAGAGGGGGGAACCCUCACACUGCAGCAAAUGAUCCGACAUUUCCUGCGCAAUGAUUCGGAAGAGGCAGAGUUGACAGAGUUAAUCCAGGCAUUCCCUGGAGAAAGUCCUACGAAGAGCCAGAGGCAGCAGGAAGGCUUUCAGAAAGAACAGGAGGAAAGGUUCUGUAAAAACCAAGACGAAGAAGGGAGGCUUAGACGAGAGCACCAAGAAGACAAGCUCCGGGAAGAACAACACAAGGAUGAUGAAACGUUCCCCAGGGAACAGCAACAUGAGGAGAAAGAACGGCUCUGCAGAAAGCAUCUGGAUGAAAAGCUACGAAGGGACCAGCAAGAUGAAGAGAGGCUUCGCAAAGAGAGACAGCAAGAAGUAAGGCUAUGGCAGAGUCAACAAGACAAGCUUCACAUGGAUCAGGAGAAAUUUCAAUGGGAAUGCCAGGUAGAAGAGGAAAGACCAAAGCAUGAUCAGCAGAGAUGCUACUUGGCGCAAAGGGAGGAAAGCUAUCUCAAGGAGCCCGAGAAACACUUCCACAACAAUGAAGAAUCUGAGAUUUCCAAUGUUGUCAGACACAUCAGUGAUGACAUUGAAGAGGUACGAGAUUUCAGUCAGACUCUCCCUGUGAUGCCCCCAAAGUGGGGAUGUCCUGUGAUGCCUCCACCCAGUCCAUCCAGACCCAAAAGUCCAUGGGGCAAACUGGAUCCAUACGACUCAUGUGAGGAGGACAGGGAUUACGUUGGAUUUGCCACCCUUCCCAACCAGGUGCACAGAAAAUAUGUGAAGAAAGGCUUUGAAUUCACUCUGAUGGUUGCAGGGGAGUCGGGGCUUGGAAAAUCAACUCUGAUUAACAGUCUCUUCCUCACGGAUCUGUAUCGGGAUCGCCAGCUGCCGUGCCCAGAAGAAUGUGUAACACAAACUGUGGAGAUAGUGAAGCAGACGGUGGAUAUCCAAGAAAAGGGAGUCCGGCUGCGUCUUACAGUGGUUGAUACCCCAGGCUAUGGGGAUGCUGUAAAUAAUGAAAAUUGCUGGAAGCCAAUAGCUGAUUACAUUGAUCAACAAUUUGAGCAGUACUUCAGGGACGAGAGUGGAUUAAAUCGUAAGAAUUUGCAGGACACCCGUGUGCAUUGUUGCCUGUACUUCCUGUCACCUCUAGGACACGGGAUGCGUCCUCUUGACAUAGAGUUUCUGCGUGCACUGCAGGACAGAGUCAACAUUGUCCCAAUCCUGGGGAAAGCCGACAGCCUAACAACUGCCGAGCUGCUACAGAAAAAGCAGAGGAUACGCGAUGAGUUGGAUUAUUGUGGAAUCCGGAUUUAUCAAUUCCCCGACUGUGACUCAGACCAAGAUGAAGAGUUUAAAAUUCAAGACAUGGAGCUGAAGAAAAGCAUUCCCUUUGCUGUGAUUGGCUCCAACACUGUCGUGGAAGUGAAUGGGAGGCGCGUAAGGGGUCGGAUAUAUCCGUGGGGAGUAGUGGAAGUGGAAAAUGAGCAGCACUGUGACUUUGUGAAGCUACGAACCAUGCUGAUCCGCACUCACAUGCAGGAUUUGAAAGAUGUCACGCGUGAGACCCACUACGAGAACUACCGAGCACAAUGCAUUCAGAGUUUAACCCAACGUGUGGUCAGAGAAAGGAACCGCAAUAAGCUGACUAGAGAGAGUGGGACUGACUUCCCAAUCCCAAGUGUGCCUCCAUCACCAGACCAUGAGACCCAGAGACUGAUUCGGGAAAAAGAUGAGGAGUUGCGAAGGAUGCAGGAGGUUUUGCAGAAGAUGCAGAGGCAAAUGAAAGAUUCACGUUAACAUAUUGUUGCACCCCUCGUAUAUAUCCCUUGGUGACUUUCCAUGAUAUCUAAAAUGAUUCCUGAGCACCAGUCCUCUUCAU